CCCCCUCCUCUCCACCGCUGCCCGGUAUCCGUGCGCCGAGCGGUGACGCCAUUUUAUUUUUCAAAAAAAAAGAGAAGAGAGAAGCGACGAGAAGGAAAGAGAGAGAGAGAGAGAGAGACGGACAGAGACAGAGAGAGAGAAAGAGAGAGAGACGCCACACCGGCCGGAGCCGGGAGAGGAGAGGAGAGCACACGCCGCCGCCGCUUUUGCUUCUGUUUCUGUGAAGGAUCAUGGCCGACAUCGACAAACUCAACAUAGACAGCAUCAUCCAGAGGUUGUUAGAAGUGCGAGGUUCCAAACCAGGUAAAAGUGUCCAGCUCCAAGAGAAUGAGAUCCGAGGCCUGUGCCUCAAGUCACGUGAAAUCUUCCUCAGUCAGCCCAUUCUGCUAGAACUUGAAGCCCCUUUGAAAAUAUGUGGAGAUAUUCACGGCCAGUACUAUGAUUUGCUGCGGCUGUUUGAAUAUGGAGGCUUCCCACCAGAAAGCAACUACCUGUUUCUGGGAGAUUAUGUGGACAGGGGGAAGCAGUCUUUGGAGACCAUCUGCCUCUUGUUGGCCUACAAAAUAAAAUAUCCUGAGAAUUUUUUUCUUUUGCGAGGAAACCAUGAAUGUGCCAGCAUCAACAGGAUCUACGGAUUUUAUGACGAAUGUAAAAGGAGGUACAACAUUAAGUUGUGGAAAACGUUUACAGACUGCUUCAACUGUCUACCCAUCGCUGCCAUUGUGGAUGAGAAGAUAUUUUGCUGUCAUGGAGGCUUGUCACCCGAUCUCCAGUCCAUGGAGCAAAUCAGACGAAUCAUGCGACCCACUGACGUGCCCGACCAGGGGCUCCUGUGUGACCUGUUGUGGUCGGAUCCCGACAAAGAUGUGCUGGGGUGGGGUGAGAACGAUCGAGGCGUCUCCUUCACAUUCGGAGCAGAAGUGGUCGCAAAAUUCCUUCAUAAACAUGACUUGGAUCUCAUCUGCAGAGCUCAUCAGGUUGUAGAAGAUGGCUAUGAGUUCUUUGCCAAGAGGCAGCUGGUGACUCUGUUCUCUGCACCCAACUAUUGCGGGGAAUUUGACAAUGCAGGUGCCAUGAUGAGUGUUGAUGAAACCCUGAUGUGCUCUUUCCAGAUUUUGAAGCCAGCAGAGAAGAAGAAACAGAAUACAAACCGGCCUGUAACACCACCCAGGAGCAUGAUCACAAAACAGCCCAAGAAAUAAAAACCAGGACACUCCGGCAUAGCCUAUUUGGACUUGUAUUAUACCAGUUUGUCUCCCAUUUUUAACUUUUUUUCUUUCUCUCUCUCUCUCUCUGUGUAAUGUGUAUCUGUCGGCUUGCUUGGAUUAGAUUACUACCCGUUGACUUGUGGUUUCUCUGCUGUGAUAUACCGAACCCUGGUUGCUGUCCCAUAGCAGCAAAUGUGACUGCUCCCCCUAAGAUGGAAGAAUAUUAUGUAGAACUGUAGAUCUCAAGCCUGCAACAGGGCUCCUAUUUCUUAGGGAGUGCUAACAUUACAGGUGCUGUCCUUCAGCAGAUCUGAAUGGGAGGGAGGGGUAUCGUAGUUGACAAGAAAUUUGACAUUUGGUACAGUUCAUGAAAGUGUUGUAAAUUGCCUUGUGAUGACAGUUUAAUGGGGUUUUUCUUUCUUUGUUUUUUUUAAAAAAGGACUUGGAGAUGGUGCUGGCAAAUGACCAUUUUGGGAGAGGGGGGAGAUUAAAACUCACCGUCGAAAGUGUUUAGAAGUGGCAUACUGUUUAUAAAAACCACUGUGAAAAUAACAGUUCAAAAAAAAAUUGUAUUUUCUCACCAAACGGUUCUUUUGGAGGAAUGCAUUUUUGCUUUUUUUUUUUGAAGUCUUCAGGUCUGUCACGCCAAACAACUUGUCUUGUAAUAGAUGUCGUGAUCAGAGGAAGGAUCUGUCUGCCUCUCCACUCUGCCAGCAUCACUGGAAAUUACGUAAAAUUUGAUUGAUUGAACACUUCCUGUACUGUAUAUUUUAAAAUGAUGAAAUAAAGCCAUUAUUUUACAUUUGGCAUUUUUUAAUUUUCAGUCAUAAAUUGUUUUCCCCCCAAAUUAUUUCACCCACAAAAUAGAUAGUCGAUUCACUUUACUGUACAGUUCUGUGAAGUGCUUUGAGAUGUCUCAAGGCAUAAUAAGGUGCUAUAUCAAAUGCUAUUAUUAUAUGAAAUUAAUUCCGUCACUAGGGCUGCCUUGGAGUGGAGGAACGGAUUGUGAUUCUGCUCAUGAACGCAUCCAGCCAUGUAUUAAUUGUUUCCUGUUUCUUUUAAGGAUUGGGGAUUUUUAGUUUAGAGAGAAUAAAGUUCAAAACCUCCUUUUCUCUCUCUCUCUCUCUCUCUCUCUCCCCCUCCCCCACCAUUGCAAUUUUUUCUGAGGCCACCAGAAGCAAUCUCUUCUCAGGACUGACACAGUUUGCUGCAUUGCUGCUCACAAGGAACAGCGUGUCACUGGCUGCAGCACUGCUCUUUAUUUCUGCCUCUCUGCUUGCUCUCUUUCUUCUUCCCAACUAUUUCCAAAAGCCAGAAGCAACUGUUUAAAGUACUUGUAAUGAUCACGAUAACCACCAGUUUUCUCCUCUGCACAAUAAGCUCCUGAUCUCAGCUAUAACUGCAGGAGACUCGUUUCUCUUUCCACCUACCCUCCACCAUCCACAAGAAGAAGAAAAUCGUGGGGAAAGCUCCCAUGGGCUUCCCACUGAGGGAGGAAAGUGGCACUUUGUUAGACUCCCUGGGUGUCAAUUUGCUCUUUCAGCUGAGUAACAAUGCAUUGUUCAAAACAAAAGGGAUGGUGGGAAAUAAAGCUUGUUUACAAAUCCUGA